AGAAGAGGAGGAGAACGAAAAAGAGGAGGAGAAAGAAGAAAAAGCCGAGGAAGAGCAGGAGGAAGAAGAGGAGGAGGAAGAAGAGGAGGAUGGACGGGAGGUACGAGCGCCAGAGCAUCGUCUCGUGCAGCGAGCAGAACUGCAGCGCGCGCGGCCCGGAGAGCGUGGCGGUGCCUGCGGGACGCGCGUGGAUCGUUAACGGCUCGGACGUGGAUGCUCAGCGGCUCGUGGAGCUCCAGCUGCCCGCCUCCACCGCACCGACGGUCAGUCACUUUCCCGUUUAUUCUCCAGAGGUGGCAAUGGUGCCCAAGUACACGUACCCCUUUCCCACCGUGGACAUUCCCGCCCACGCCCACUACACCAUUGGCUCUGUCAUCCUCGCCAUUGGCAUCACCGGCAUGGUGGGAAACUUCCUGGUCAUUUACGCCUUCAGCAGGAGUCGCAGCCUGAGGACACCGGCCAAUAUGUUCAUCAUUAACCUGGCGAUCACAGACCUGCUGAUGUGCAUCACUCAGACGCCCAUCUUCUUCACCACCAGCAUGCACAAGAGGUGGAUCUUCGGAGAGAAAGGCUGCGAGCUGUACGCCUUUUGUGGCGCCCUCUUUGGAAUCUGCUCCAUGAUCACGCUGACGGUGAUCGCCAUCGACCGCUACUUCGUCAUCACGAGGCCUCUGACCUCCAUUGGCGUUUUGUCACGGAAACGGGCCCUCCUCGUACUUAUGGCUGCAUGGCUCUAUUCUUUGGGGUGGAGCCUGCCGCCAUUCUUUGGCUGGAGCGCCUAUGUCCCGGAGGGUCUGCUGACUUCCUGUUCCUGGGACUACAUGACCUUUACGCCGUCGGUGCGAGCGUACACCAUGCUGCUUUUCAUCUUCGUCUUCUUCCUGCCACUCUUCAUCAUCAUCUACUGCUACGUCUUCAUCUUCCGCGCCAUACGCAACACAAACCAGGCUGUGGGGAAGUUUAACGGCAGCACUCACAGUCACACCAGCGGUCGUGACUCGGUGAAGAGUUACCAUCGCUUGCAGAACGAGUGGAAGAUGGCGAAGAUCGCCCUGAUCGUCAUCCUGCUCUACGUCAUCUCAUGGUCGCCGUACUCCGCCGCUGCCCUCACCGCCUUCGCCGGAUACGCCGACAUGUUGACUCCCUACAUGAACUCUGUGCCCGCCGUCAUCGCCAAGGCCUCCGCCAUCCACAACCCCAUCAUCUACGCCAUUACACACCCCAAGUACAGGGUUGCGCUGGCUAAGUAUAUCCCAUUUCUCGGUGUCUUGCUCUGCGUUCAUCCUCGCGACCUCCGCUCUACCAGCAGCAGCUUUGUGUCGACGCGUCGCUCCACUGUGACCAGCCAGUCGUCCGACAUCAGCAGCCAUUUCAGACAGCACAGCACCGGCAAGAUCCGCCUCUCCUCCGUGUCCGACAGCGAAUCGGGUUUGACAGACACCGAGGCUGAUCUGUCCAGUAUGGGCUCCAGACCAGCCAGCCGCCAGGUCUCCUGUGACAUCAGCAGAGACACCACUGAACUGCCCGACUUCAAACCCUCGUCCAGCUUCAAGUCCAAGAUAAAGAGCAACGACUCGGGCAUCUUCGAGAAGACCUACGACACAGAUUUCUCGAAGACGGGAGUCAGUGAACGCAGCAGCGUCCCAAAUAGCGGAGAUUACGCAGACGGACACGUGAUGAGAGGCACGCUCAGUCGAAUCCCGAGCAUCGUCGUCACCUCAGAGACCAGCCCCUUCCUUCCCAUUGGACGGAAUGGUUCACGCAACGCCCGCACCAAAACAAACAACAUCAACAACAACAGCAACAGGGGGGCAGGGCACGGGUAGACCAACUCCAGCAGCCAAUCACCUGCAGCCACCUCAUCAGCUCACGUCCAGUCAGAUAUCUAGAAACGUAGAGUUCAAACACACCUGAAACUAAGACACAGACAAAACCAUCAGAGGAAAUUAUUAGAUUUUACAUUUCUUUUUUGAUUUAGGUUUCAACCAGAACUGAUACCGAGGCUGAGAAAUCUGAAUAACAAUUCAUGCAUUAAAGAGCGACAUAACACCUUAUUUAAGCUUGAACCCACUUCCUUCCUUUUCCAGUCCCCCCUAUUGGUGAAUUUACAACAAAUAUGAAACACACAAACAGCGCGAUAGAGUGUGAAAUUUGCUUCAUUCACUUGCUCACUCGCUUGAUUUGAAAUUAUUGAACCAGAGCCAGAAAGUGACGUGAUGCGAGGCCGCAAAAUCCUGAAUCGAUACUUAGAUUUACUUAAAUUGUAAUUUUGUGUGCAUCGGAGUCACUGAAAUAUAAACUGUAGCUACUAAAGCUUUUAUGAGCUACUUAGAUCCAAAUAUCUAAAGUAUGUAAAGAACAAACAUACACAGAGAGAACAGGAAUACAUUUGAAACGCGUCGGAAACACUGCUGCAUCUGUGAGGAAAGAAAACUAAAUGUUUUGCAGAGACAUUACUUUUUUUCAGCUUGUCAAAACAUUAUUCAAGCCUUCAAACUUUUUUUUCAAAUUUGCAAAACCUUUAUUUUAUUAGAUUUCAAGAUGUCAAACACUAAGUUCCAACCGUUCAAAGCCUUUUCACCGGUUUCUAAAUAUGACUUUAUGUUCAUCCCGCAUGAAUGUUGGAUUGUUUAUUUCAAAAAAUUGAAAACAGACUCUCAAGGCUGCUGAUUUGAUUCUGAGGUUGAGAAGUCUGCAGGUUCAGACACAAAUUGAAGGUUAUUGCCAAAAGAGACUGUAAUGCAUUUUCCUCCUUUUUUGAGCAAGUAGCAGAUACAUGUUAUUAUUAUUAUGUCAUACUAUUAGAGCUCAAGAAACAUUAAGACUGGCACAGAAUCGCUUUUUAUUUAAAGGUCUACGAGCUGGUUCCUUGUCUGUAGAGUUUUUGACAUCGGAUAAAGGCUCAUUAAUGCUCAACGUUAGAUACAGAAAUGGAUGAAGCCUUCUGUCCAUAAUCGUUCAUUUCAUCCAUAUUUGUUCAUUUCCUCUAGAAGCUGACGGAUAUGGAUGAAAUGGAGCAGUACCAAGAGAAAUCAGGGGGGGCAGUGUAGCCAAUAGUUUGACAAUAAGACACAAGGAAGAAAUUUGAACAAUGGCAGAACUUUUUGAAGAGAGACUUUGUAAGAUUGUAAGAAACAACAGAAACAACCUUCUCCUCCUUCAUGUUUGUUGUGCAACGCUCGAAUUGCUUAGCUGUGCUAAUGUAAACCGCAUGGAUGUAUGUUAGCAUGUUAGCAGCAAUGGACGAAUCUCAAUGCUUAUGUAAAGGCAGCAUAAAUUAGCUUAUCAACGUGAAAAUCUCAAGAAGGUUUAUUUAGUGUUAUUUUGCUCUUUAAAGAUGCAGUGAAUUAGUGUUUGGAGAAAACAACACUCACUCUUAAAUACUUUUAGUACUUUUUAAUAGUUUUUUUAAUGAUGAUUGCUGUUUGUAAAGACCCUGCACACUCACACGGGUGUUUUUAGUUCUUCUAGAUGAUUAGACCUCAGAGAGAACACACAGAUUUAAAGAAAACACACACACAUUUCAGAGGGGAAGUCUAAUCAGUGGAGGAUCUUUUAACAUCAAUUCAGGAAACUAUAGCCGUGUCUCAAGUCAGCGACUGCCACCUUAGAUGAACCGGCUCUACGUAGCCGACAUCCACUACAUCCUCCAAUGACUGCGUAGACCACAUCGGCCGAAACGAAAUGAGACUAGCCCCCAGCUUGUCCCACCCUUACAGCCAUGGCCUAGCAACAAAGCUACGGACGAAAACGUUCUUUGGUUCAUUAAAGAUGUUGGAAAUAUUUUCCAAGCUGUUCGGUUGAGUACUUUCAUUUAAAAAUAAAUUCUUCUGACAUCUUCCGUUGUUUGGGGAUGGAAGGACACAUUUGUCGGCCGCAUUUGUCAGAGCCUUCGAAUUGGGACAUUCUUAUCCCGCCGCUGUGACGUAAUUGGUCUACAAAUGAGGCUUCAGAAGGAUGCGGCCCCUGAAGUGAGACACAGUUUAUUUAAUUUGAAACUGCUUAUUAUACAACUGAAGACAAACAAAUAUCUGAUAGUGUUUCCUUUAUUUCUUUAACUUAAUCUUUAACCUAAAGAAAAUAGUUUUCCUGCUCCUCCUUUCUUGUCCCUGAUUCGUAACGUUUAAAUAACGACUCGUGAUGUUUCAUGUUUUGUUCUCUUUAGACGAGUUCCUCGUUUCCCUCCAGCGAAAGUGUUCUCAAGUUUUAAGAAAAAGCAAAGUGUUAAUAUGAAUUAAUUGUGUGUUGAGAUUUAUUUGCAGCACAUUUUUGCAAUUUUUCUGUUUGUAUUUUUAUUGUCUGUUGCUUUUGAUUGAAUUCUUCUGUUGUGUUUUUUCCAGCUCAGUUCUCAGAGUGAUGUGACAGGGGUUCGCUGUGAGUUAAACAUAAAUGUGAGAUUGAACCCAACUUUAAAUUUGACUGUUUACUUACCCUCUCUCCAUAUGGUAAGAAAAAUACUGUGUCUUUAAAGAGCGUGGAUGGUAGUUUCUUUAGCUAAUAAAACUCUGGUUUUGACAUUUCAGUGAAAAUAAAAAAAUUUUAGUCAAAUAGAUAGCUGCUUUUGUCUUGUACCAUCUGAAAUAAUUGUAUAUUAAAAUGUUACUUCAAUGCUAAAUCUGCCUUUGUUAUUAUGAACAAAUGGUUUUGGCAUGAAUUAACAUUUUUAACAGGCAGUUAGGUGGACAGCACAGGACGGAGUUUACCGACAAAUGUACCAAACUAUACACAAACAUUCUCAAACAUUCUCAAACCACAGCGUGACCAAAAAGUUUGGAGAGUAUUCAAUUACAGCUAGUUUUUAAGGAUCAUUGCUGCCAGAUUCGAGUACUGAGAUUGGGUGUUUUUCCACUUUAUUGGAGCUAAGCUAACCUCUUGCCUCCAGUCUUUGUGCUGAUCCAGGCUAAACACGUCCAAGACCCAUGAAAGUGUUUCCAUCUGAUAUCAGAUUUGGAUAAUAUCUUGGUACAGUGACAAUCAGUAGGAUUUUCCAAAAUGUCUGUUUUCUUUCUUACUAAAAUCCCCUCAUGCUGGAAGCCCUGAGGCCUGCAAAUGCACUUUUGUUAAGAAACAAAUUAUUUUUAAUGGUUUUCAAAAGGUCCCCGUGUUCUGGUGUUGUUCAGCUUGUUUUUAUCUCCCUCUCUUUAUUUCAUUUUCCUAUUUGCAUCUUUAAAUUGUAUAUUUUGCUGAAAGGUGAUUUAGUGGAAUGUGAUUGUGAUGUUGUUGGUGUUCGUACCGGCGGUUAAAAGGGAUAUUGGUGUUGAUUGUAAAGUGGCUCUUGAAAAGCCAAUCGUACCUGUUGGUCUGUGUGGAGUUAACGAACAUUCCCCAACAGUCUAAUUGAAUGUUUUCACAAAACACGUACAGAUUUCCUCUCAUGACAGAUUUUCAUCAAUGCAACCAAGACAACAAAACCUCAACAAAACUUAAACUAAAGAUUGUAGCAGUCUUAACCGAUAAAAAGCUGUAACGUCGAACUGUUCACUAAUCUGAGCCAUGCUAGUGUGUCUCGUGGCUAAGCUAGUAUUUAGCUAACAUUACUAAUAUGUUGUAGAUGCUAACUGGGCUGUUAAAGUGUUGUAAUAUUAGCAAUAGAUAAUCCAAAUUAAGGCUUUACCAAACCAUCUGUGGGGCCAAAGACUAAACUGGCUAACGAAGAAAUAAAAUAAACUGAGGCAACGUUACUCAAAAUGUCUUAAACUGGUCUGUUCCAUUAACUAGUUUGCCUUUAGCUCGAACCUCUUUACGUUAAAGCUAAACUACAACAAACUUUAAUUAGCUAACCUAUAACCUUAAUCGAGAUUAGCUGCUUUAGCUUGAACACAGGCUAAAACCAUAUAUUUCAGCGGAUAAACUGUUAGCUACACUUUGUGGGUAAAGACUAAACUGGCGAACGUAGAACUAAAAUAAUCUGUGAGGCAACGUAAAUCAAAAUGUCUAAAACUGGUCUGUUAGAUUAGCUUUAGUCAACCUUUAGCUAAAAGCUUUUUACAUUAUAGCUAAACUACAACAAACUGUUAGCUAACCUAUAACUUUGAUUAAGAUUAGAUGCUUUAUCUUGAACACAAGCUAAAACCAAAUAUAUUAGCAGCUUAACUGUUAGCUACACCAACUCAGCAAUUUUUUGGCCAAACCAAACAAGCUUUGUUGGUAAAGACUAAACUGGCUGAUAUAGAACUAACUUACACUGAAAGGCAACAUUACCCAAAAUGUCUUUAACUGGCAUGUGAGUUUAGCUUUAGUUUACAUACAGCUAAAAUAUUUUCACUUUAGAUAAACUACAAUAAACUGUUCAAUUAGCUGAAUUAUACCACCAGCGUAACCUUAUCAAGAUUAACUGCUUUAGCGUAAAUACAUUGUUGUAGUUUAAAGCCGGAAGGAUAGAUAAUCAGAUUACAUAUUCUGAAAGGUUCAGCCCUACAACUUUCAAACUGCGCUGAUGGCUUUGAUUCAAAUAUGUAUAUUCACUUCCAUCCUGUUAGCAACACAAACCUCAACCUCUGCAUAUUUUCCUAAUAUUUUCUGCUGGAGUGUGAUGGCAGAAAGUGCAGUAUAUGGUAAAUCAGCAGUAUAAUGCAGUAAAUCUCCACACCGCACAACAGUGUAGUAAUGAUACUGAAUAUAAACGCAGGUGUUUGAUAUAGUAGUUCUUGUGUAUUGACGUUUCUGUUCCGAAGGGUUGAUGUUUGAAAAUGGGAAAAGGAUUUAUUGAUGAUUUCUCACUCCUGUGUUGGUCUUAUUUAUUUUUCUAAAUAAAUAUCUAUUAUUCA